CAUGGGUGUUCCCGCUCCUCUCCUUCUCUCUCUCUGAAAUCAUCUAUUUGGUUUGUCCUGGCUCACUCUAUCGGCGGGCUCGUUUAGGCUGACAGAGCAGAGAGCAUCCUGUUUCCACUGCUGGGGACCAGGUGGAGUACCUGCAUGCAGGGAAUGCAUAAAAGUAGCUGAGAGUUGAAGAACGGGCAUCAACAGCAAUGGAAAGCAACUUAAGUUUCGAGGAGGGCAGUGAAAUGUCCUAUGAAGAAAAUGAAUCAACCCUCCCUUCUCCAGUGAGACUGACACCACCAGGCCAGAGUGAUGUCUAUGGACCUGAGAGGAGCGAGGUGGAAGAAGAGGAAAAUGAGCCACCCACUGAGGCCGUCAUCAUCCCCACUAAUUCAGAGGCCUAUAUGAACUUGAACACAAAUGCCACAACAAGAGGGGAUGCUCAAGCCUAUGUUGAGCUAAAUGAGCUUCAGGGCAGUACCUGGCAGGAGACAAGCCGCUGGGUGGGCUAUGAGGAGAACUUCAACCCCGCCACAGGAAAAUGGGGCCCUUCUCAUGUCUCCUAUCUCACAUUUAAGAGUUUAAUCCAGCUCCGCAAGACCAUGACCACAGGUGCUGUCAUCUACGACCUGAAUGCCAGCAGUCUGUCCGCUGUGGCUGAGAGGGUCGUCGAUGAGCUUCUCAACAAGGGUGAGAUCCGCUCCAGUGAUCGGGAUGGGCUGCUGAGAGCUCUCCUCAUGAGGCGCAGUCAGUCUGGGGGACCGGAGGUUACCGCCUCUGGAGACAUCGAGAUGCAGACUUUCUCUGUAGCCAAAAAGAGAGACAGCUCUGACAAUAUGGAGGCCUCAAUUGUCCUCUCAGGUGCCCUGGACAUCCUGCAGAAACCAGUGGUGGCCUUUGUGAGGCUCAAAGACUCUGUGGUCAUGGACUCUUCUCUGGAGUCCCCUGUUCCUGUUCGCUUCGUCUUUGUGCUGGUUGGUCCAAGCCAGAGCGACAUUAACUACAGUGAAAGUGGCCGCGCUAUGGGGGCUCUGAUGGCUGACUGGGUGUUCUGUCUGGAGGCCUUCUUGGCACAGACCGAGAAAGAUCUGACCAAUGCCAUCGCUGACUUCAUGGACUGUAGUAUUGUGAUCCCUCCCACUGAGAUCCAGGAUAAGGCAAUGCUUGAGCCAAUCAUCAGUUUCCAGCAGAAGAUGCUGAGUGACAGAUACCGUCCUUCAGACAGUCGUCUCGCCUUCGGUGACAGGAUCAAAGUUGAGAAGGCCCCAGAAGAGCCACGUGAGGACCCUCUGGCCCGUACUGGCUACCCUUUUGGCGGGAUGAUAAAAGACAUAAAGCGCCGUUACCGCCACUACAUCAGUGACUACACAGAUGCUCUGAAUCCCCAGGUCCUCGCUGCCGUCAUCUUUAUCUACUUCGCCGCUCUUUCCCCUGCCAUCACUUUCGGAGGGCUCUUGUCUGACAAAACUGAGAAAAUGAUGGGCGUGUCAGAGCUUAUGAUCUCUACCAGCAUCCAGGGUGUCAUCUUCUGUAUCAUUGCUGCCCAGCCAGUCCUCGUCAUUGGUUUCUCUGGACCACUGCUGGUGUUUGAGGAGGCCUUUUACUCUUUCUGCAAGACCCAGGGCAUUGAGUACAUUGUGGGGCGAAUCUGGGUGGGGAUGUGGCUGAUAGUCAUCGUGGUCAUCAUUGUUGCCAUGGAAGGCAGCUUUUUGGUCCGAUUCAUCUCCCGCUUUACACAGGAAAUCUUCUCCAUCCUCAUUUCACUCAUCUUCAUCUAUGAGACCUUCAAUAAGCUCAUCAAGAUCUUCAAAGCCCACCCUCUGAUCCUGAACUAUGAUCAUCUCAACGACACAUUGGACAACCCCUUCCACCCAGUCAUCAAGAAACACGUGGAGUACCACCCAGACGGCAACGUGACUGUUCAAGACCUGGAAAUCGAGAGGCCUUACCCCAACACUGCCCUGCUGUCUAUGUGUCUGAUGUUUGGUUGCUUCUUCAUCGCAUACUUCCUCCGCACUUUCAAGAGUGGUCAUUUCCUUCCUGGAUGGCUUCGCCGUCUGAUUGGAGAUUUUGGUGUCCCCAUAGCUAUUUUCUUCAUGAUUGCUGUUGACAUCAGCAUUGAGGAUGCCUACACUCAGAAACUGGUUGUGCCCAAAGGUGUCGAGGUGACAAAUCCCAAAGUCAGAGGCUGGUUUAUUAACCCUAUGGGAGAAAAGAAAGACUUCCCUUUCUGGAUGAUGGGCGCCUGCUGUGUCCCAGCCCUGCUGGUCUUCAUUCUCAUCUUCCUUGAGUCCCAAAUUACCACGCUGAUUGUGAGCAAACCAGAGAGGAAGAUGGUGAAAGGAUCUGGCUUUCAUUUUGAUCUGCUUCUCUUGGUCACCAUGGGAGGAAUAUCCUCUGUUUUCGGGGUGCCCUGGCUGAGUGCCGCCACCGUUCGAUCCGUCACCCACGCCAACGCUCUCACAGUCAUGUCAAAGGGCCCCAAACCAGAAAUUGAGAAGGUGGUAGAGCAGAGGAUCAGUGGGAUUCUUGUGGCCAUCAUGGUUGGAGUCUCUAUUUUCAUGGAGCCCAUUCUGAAGAUGAUUCCCAUGACAGCCUUGUUUGGUAUUUUCCUCUACAUGGGUAUCACCUCUCUGAAUGGAAUCCAGAUGUGGGACAGGAUGCUUCUGUUGAUUACACCAAAGAAGUACCAUCCCUCUCAUCCCUAUGCCACCAGGGUGAGCACAAUGCGGAUGCAUCUCUUCACUUUCAUCCAGCUCAUUUGCCUUGCUGUUCUCUGGAUGGUGAAGAUGAGCCCCUUCUCUUUGGCUCUGCCUUUUGUUCUCAUUCUCACCAUCCCUCUGCGCAUGUUCAUGACCGGCAGAAUCUUCUCUGACCUGGAGAUGAAAUGUCUGGAUGCAGAUGAUGCCAAGGUGGUUAUUGAGGAAGAUGAAGGGGAUGUGUAGUUUAAAAUAAGUCCCUGACGCCAUAAUGAACACCGUAUUAAUUUUUCAUUCAUCAACUUUCAACUGAACUAAAACAACCUGGAAAACAGGAACAUUGCCAAGCUGGCCGUCUUUGUUCCAUAGCCUUUCAAGGAAAAAUACCUCUCAAAUCACAUUUUUCUGCAUGUUUGUCCCUUAACUCCAACCUUAGUCCUCUUAUUUUCCAUUCGAUCUCUACAUUUCUUGAUGUGAUCUUUUUGUAAGUAGUUUGCUCUUCUCCUUUCCCUCUUAUUUCAUACUCUUUAUUAACCUUUUUCUAUACAGGGAAGGUCUCAUGCAAGACAAAAGCACUUGACGCCAUUUAAUGAGAAUCAUUUAGCCAAAAUCUGUGAAAUGAAUUUAUUAUUAAGUUUUUUUGUCUUUAGUGUAUAGUAGUAUACAAUAUAUUUUAAAAGUGCCUUACAGUUUUGACAUAAUUUUGCUUUGAUAAUAAGAUAUGAUUCAACAAUAUCAAAGUAGGACGAUUUAUUUAUUGAGCCUUUAAUACAGAUACAGACGAUGUUUUGUUUCUGUAGGAAUCAUCACACCUGCCUUCGUCUCAUACAGUAUUCUUUAUUUAUUUGCAAAAUAUGUUUUGAAAUGUGUUGCUCUAGUUUGCCUCAUUUGACAUGUUGUGCAUGGUUUACUGAACAAGAUGGUGUUUUCUGUUUAAGAAUGUGUAGAAUGAUGUGUUGUGCACUUAUAUUUGAGUUUAUGUGUUUAAUUGCUUUCAUUGUUACACAGAAGAUGAACAGUAGUUGGUAGAUCUUUUGGAACUGAUUGUUGUAUUCCGGAUUUAACUUGAAACAAGUGAUUUGUACAUUUUGUUUUGUGUUUGUGUGCUUGAAACACUGUAGAUGCUUUGGGUUUCCAUUUUAUUUAAAAUAAAACAUAUCUAUAA